CUCCAUAGGCAUAAUUAGGGAGGUAACUUUAUAUGUAUAUACUUGCUCCCUCUCUGAAUUUCCUGUUCUUGUCGUUUCCAUCUCCUGAAUUAAAGCAUAAAUGUGAUCCUUUUAAGCUAAUCAAUUUCGUGGCUGCUGGCUCUAUCUAGAAGGAAGAUUGCUUCACAAAUGCAAUGUUUCCAAGCUAGAAUUGCAAGUACGAAGCAAUCUAAACUCUCAGAGUGGUUGUGGAGGUAGCAAGAAAGGAGGGAGAGAAAGAGAUAGGAUGCCGAGUGAAAGGGGAACUCAUUGGUGUUAUAGCUGUAGGGCAAGCGUCACUCUCCGGAGGAGAAAUGCGGAAUGCCCCAACUGCCGUGGAAGUUUCAUCGAAGAGCUCGAGGAUACAACAGGUGUACCAGAUGAGGAAUACAUCCAAGAGCCGAGGUUCAUGGAGGCAGCCACAAGCUUCCUAAGGCGGCACAGGGCUGUCGUGAGCAACAUAUCCGAGAGAGCCUCUCAGAAUGGCAACUCUUGGAACUCAUUCCUCGUUUUCAGUGGAGACAUGCCGCCCACAAUGCCCGGCAGUGGCAGCCUAGUGGAGUUCCUAAACGAGACUCUGGGGUUCAGACGACAGAAUGGGGGCGACUACUUCAUUGGACCCGGCGUGGAGGAGUUCUUCGAGCAAGUCACCAGCGAUAGCAGCCGUCAACCGGCUUCAAGACCCUCCAUCGAUGCCCUGCCAACUGUCAAGAUCUCGAGGAGGCACGUUCGUGCAGAUUCCACCUGUGCUGUGUGCAAAGAGAGAUUCGAGAUGGGGUCGCAAGCGAGGAAGCUUCCUUGCAAGCAUUUGUAUCACUCCGACUGCAUUGCCCCGUGGCUGCAGCAGCGCAGCUCCUGCCCCGUCUGCCGCCAGCAGAUAACUGACGGUGGCAGUGAUCAAGCAACAAGGAGGCGUUGGUCUUUGUCGUGGCCGUUUGGCUCGUCUCGUUCCGGUAGUAGCCGUCAGGGAAGAGGUGGAGAACCUAGCCACCAGCAUGUUCAGAGGCCUAUUCAGUAUUAAGGUCUUUCAGCUACCACUGAGACUCUCUAUUUCGUAGUAAUAAUUUGUGUGAUCAUAGUGAUUGAUCUAUUUGAAGGAAUAAGAUCACUCGCAGACAACAACAUAAUGGUACAUUUAGCUGAAGAAUUUGUACCUUGUUUUCCUAUGAAGAAAGUUCCAUUUUUAAGCA